UCGUAUUCGUUAUAUUCGGUGAAAUGGCGUUCAACAUCUCUGUGUUGCCGGGGGAAACCUCGUUUGGCUUUUCGAAGUUUCAACCUACAGCUCCAGCAGCUAUGCACGAGGGGACACGCCAGCGGACUCAGAGCCCCAUGACUACGGCAACGUCCGUCCUGGGUAUCAAGUUUGAUGGCGGGGUCAUGCUCGCAGCAGAUAUCCUCGGCUCCUAUGGGUCGCUGGCUAGGUUCAGGAACUGCCCCCGGAUACUCAAGGUUAACGACCAGAUCGCAGCCGCAGCUAGCGGUGACUACGCUGACUUCCAGUACCUGAAGAGCGUCAUCGAUCAGAAAAUGAUCAGUGAACAAUGCCUUAACGAUGGCUUCAGACUCAAGCCCAAGUCCCUGUACUCAUGGCUGACCCGUGUCAUGUACAACAGGCGUUCUAGGUUUGACCCGCUAUGGAACACCUACCUCAUCGCUGGCCUUCAGGACGGUGUUCCAUUCCUGGGCCAGGUUGACAUGUUGGGAACAGCAUUUGAAAGUAGCACUUUGGCCACUGGCUAUGGAGCCUACAUCGCACAGCCACUGCUCCGUGAGGCCUAUGAGAAGAAAGCUGGCCAGCUGACGAAGGAAGAAGCUCAGAAGGUGCUCACUUACUGCCUCAGGGUCCUGUACUACCGAGACGCCCGUUCAUUUGACAAGUACCAAGUGGCAACAGUGACCGCGGAAGGUGUGGUCAUUGAGGGACCGUUGAAGAUUGACUCAAACUGGGAGAUUGCUCAUCUUGUGAAGGGCUACGAGUGACAUGUCCUCGGCUCGCGAAAUCUUCCACAUAAUAAAACAUCUGCUUUUCUUUUCUUCAA